AUGACUGAUCAAAAACAGAUAAUUUUCCGCGAAAUCGACACUCUCAAACAAGCUCUUCCAGUAAGUGGCGCUAUCCUGGAGCAGCAGGACCGCACCUCUGUUCUUCGAGUUGCUGCUAUAUACCUUUCGAUGAGAGACUAUUUCACUCGACAAGUUCUCUUCUCCAGAGAUUCUAUAGAAACGACCUCUUUAAUUUUGCAGGCUCUGGAUGGAUUCUGUUUCAUUUUGGACGACCGGUACCGCAUUCUAUACAUUACCGAGUCGGUAUCGACUCAUCUCGGCUUCUCACAGGUGCAAAUGGUUGGCUGUUGUAUGAGUGAUUUUGUUCAUCCAGAAGAUUUUUCUGUGCUUAACCAUGUCAUGUCCAUCAAUAUCGGAGUGCCUCAAACAUACACACAGAAAUUAGAGUCAAGUACACAAUUCACGUUACGGAUGACAUCGAAGCUGCCGAAACGUAGCUGCGGAUUCAUGUUUGCUGGGUAUAAGACGAUACUGUGUACUGGAUUUGUCCGUGGGAUCGCAGUGAAUGGAGUGGUGAGGGGUGAAAUACUUCUAGCGAGCGGUCAAAUGAUCGAUCGUCCUGGACUCCCAGAGGUACCGCUCAGCUCGCAACAGUUUCUGUUUCGUACCACUCCUGAUCUGAGAAUAGUGUUCUGUGACUCUCGGGUCGGAGAAAUUCUACAUUUCAAUCCUGUAGACUUACUCGAUAGGACGCUCUAUCACUUCAUUACCGUCGAAGACUGCGAAUCUCUGGUCAGAGCGCAUAUGAUGAUUCUCCGACCGGAAGAAUGCCAAUCAGUCACGCAGUACGUGGGUAUGUUCUGCCAAGGAGGCGGAGUGGCAACGGUUGGGCUUCAUCUCGUCAAGCUGCCGAGCAACCACAUCGCAACCACGUUCUCCAUUUCCGUCAUCUGUACUUUAGUUGGGUUCUCUUCAGCUCCGUGUUUCGUGGAUAUCUUGCAGCUUCUACGUCCUUUUGAUGAAAAACAAGUAAUUGGUCUAGGUGCUCACUCCAGCUCAUUCUAUGCGGAGGCGAUUAGUAAGGACGCCUCAGGUCGGGUUGCUCCACUGCGACGAACUAAGAGAUGUUCAAGAAAACGUUCUGCACAAAGCAGAAGCAGCACCACGAUGGCUACAAAGUUGUUCCGGCCAAUAUGA